AUGAAGGACGAGCAGAUUGUCGGUGCCGCCCUGGCCGAGGUUCUCCCCAAGACGGACAAGUACUGGUUUCAACAAUCACACCUGCUGAGGUUGAACCUGAUUCUCUUGAUUCCUCUUCUGUCUUCUUCGGUAGCAGGAUACGAUGGAUCGUUGAUGAACGGCCUGCAAUCGCUUCAGCAAUGGCGAGAAUAUUUUGGGCAUCCAGCCGGCGUCAAGCUGGGAGUUAUCAACGCAGCGCAGUCCAUCGGCUCCGUCCUGGCACUCCCUAUCGUCGGAUACCUGGCGGACCGCUUCGGUCGAAAGCCAGUUCUCCUCUCGGGCAUCAUCCUCAUCAUCGUCGCCACAAUCAUCCAGUCGACUUCGAUCAAUCUUGCCAUGUUCAUCGUCUCGCGCCUUGUGGUAGGGUUUGGCGGCAUGUUUGUGGUACACCCAAGCCCUUUACUCAUCGCUGAGUUGGCAUACCCGACGCAUCGCGGAAAGUACACAUCGGCAUACUGGACUAUGUACUAUCUGGGUGCCAUUCUGGCCUCGUGGACGACCUUUGGCUGCCAGGACUACCAAAGCGAAUGGUCCUGGCGCAUACCCUCCAUUCUUCAAGCCGGGUUCCCUCUCGUGCAACUGUGCUUCUACUUCUGGGUCCCAGAGUCUCCUAGAUGGCUCGUGUCGAGAGAAAGAACGACCGAAGCCGCCGAGGUCCUCGCCAAAUACCACUCUGGAGUCCUUGAUCGUGCAGGUGGCCACACACCACUGGUCCGCCGCGAGCUGUCAGAGAUUGUCCAGACCAUUCGACAAGAGAAGACUGCGGAAACGACUGGUUGGAUGGCUCUGGUCUCGACUCCAGGAAACCGCAAGAGAACUCUGAUCGCGGUUUGCGUUGGAGCCUUCGCUCAAUGGAACGGAAUCGGAGUGGUUUCAUACUAUCUCACGCUGGUUCUCAAUACAGUCGGCAUUACGGACACAUUCGAUCAAACACUUAUCAACGGCCUGUUGCAAAUCUUCAACUUCGCCGCAGCCCUCGGUGCCGCAUUCCUCGUCGACCGCCUCGGCAGAAGAACCCUCUUCCUCUGGUCAGGAGCCGGUAUGCUGGUCAGUUACAUCGUUUGGACUGCAUGCUCAGCCGUCAACUCGAACACCGGCUCGAAGCCCGCCGGAAUCGUUGUCGUGGUCUGCCUUUUCACGUUCUACUUCCACUACGACAUCGCGUACACCCCGCUUCUCAUGGGAUACCCCACGGAGUUGUUCCCCUUCUCGUUGCGUUCGAAGGGUAUUGCGGUUGAACUGUUCGCCAUCUAUGGUUCACUGAUCAUUGCGGCCUUCGUCAACCCGAUUGGUAUGGAGAACAUUGAGUGGAGGUACUACAUUGUUUUCUGCUGUCUUUUGGCAGUGUUCUUAUGUGUGACUUGGUACUUAUUCCCCGAGACCAAGGGUCACAGCUUGGAGGAGAUCGCCGUUAUUUUCGACGGUCCACAGGCUGUUGAAAACUUUGAGGGUAGCUCCGAUGUAAAAGAGGAGAAGAUUCUGGCGAAUGGCGGGAUCAGCACCGCAGUACACAAGGAGGACGCAUGA